AUGGCGGUCGUUCUCAACUCCCUCCAGUUCGUCCUGGGCCGACUCCUCUAUCCCAUCCGAGGCCACGACUCACGCCAGAUCAUCUAUGACCCGGCCUUCAAAGACAUCACCAAACCGAACAUGUCCCUCGAGAGUAUAGAAUGCGGCCCCUCUGGCUCGAAACUGCUUCCACAUCACACGUGUCUGGCAGAAGACCGCAUCGGUUGUUUGCCCAAUCUACGCUGGACACCCCCAGAAUGCAACGAGCCUGUCAAGGAAUACCUCUUGAUCUGUGAAGAUAUCGACAUCCCAAUCCCAUGUCUCGUCAUUCACCAUGGGCUCUUCUGGGCUAUUCCACCUUCAGCCAAUACUGCAACCCCGGCCGAUAUCAAAGAGCAGGACGGCGCUGCCAAGUCCCGCCAAACUGCUGCCGGAUGGCGGUUCAUUCCAAACCCACUGGGGGCAGCAUACGGGGGAGCUGGGGCUCCCUAUGGUCAUGGAAGUCACCGCUAUGUCUAUACUAUUGUCGCGCUGAAUGCCCCUCUAGAAUUCCAACACCCCGAGAAGGUCACCAAGAACGACAUUAAACAUGCGAUGGUCGGCAAGGUCAUCGGCUGGGGCCAAUGGGUUGGUACUUUUGAGCGCACAUGGUCCUGA